AUGGGGGCUCCCAUCCAUCCAUCCAUGACACAACCUCAGGAUUGGCCAUCGAAGGAGUCAGGGUCUGAGGGAGCCAGAGUCCUCUCAAUGAACUCCCUAUGGGCCCAUCUUAAUCUACAAAUGCCAAGUGUCAACUGGUUGGUCUUUAAGGCUCUGGAGAGAGGGAUCAAUGCAUUUCAAAUGGGUGAUACAAGUUGCAAAGAGAUGUCUAAUCCUCUGAGGGCGGGAUGGGAUGUGGCUCCCAAAGUCAUUCUGGGCAUUGAUAUUGAUGUCCAGCUUUGGGGAAGAACAAAAAGACGGACUGCACAGUGCACACUACAGUCUUCCCAUUGCCUUCCUCCUCAACCUUACCACACUGCUUUAUCCAGGUAUGAGGAAUCAGGAAAUGUAGUUUCUCACUAUGUGUGCAAGGGCUUUCCUACACACAGAAACUCUCCAGUAGAAAAAGAGCUUGAAUAUUUGAUGGGCAGCCUGGAGGAUGGACAACACAUGUUCCUGCACCCUGUCAAUGUGCGCUGCCUUGUGCGGGAGUAUGGCAGCCUGGAGCAGAGCCCAGAGAAGAUCUCAGCGACAGUGGUAGAGAUUGCUGGGUAUUCCAUGUCUGAGGAUGUUCGACAGCGCCAUAGGUAUCUCUCUCACUUGCCACUCACCUGUGAGUUCAGCAUCUGUGAACUGGCUCUGCAGCCUCCUGUGGUCUCUAAGGAAACUCUCGAGAUGUUCUCAGGUGACAUUGAGAAAAGAAAGCGUCAGCGCCAAAAGAAGGCUCGAGAGGAGCGACGCCGAGAGCGCAGAAUUGAAAUGGAGGAGAACAAGAGACAGGGCAGGUAUCCUGAAGUCCACAUUCCCCUAGAGAACCUUCAGCAGUUUCCUGCCUUCAAUUCCUAUACCUGCUCCUCUGAUUCUGCUUUGGGUCCCACCAGCACAGAGGGCCAUGGGGCCCUCUCCCUUUCUCCUCUUAGCAGAAGUCCAGGUUCUCAUGCAGACUUUCUGCUGACCCCUUUGUCACCCACUACCAGUCAGGGCAGUCCCUCCUUCUGCGUUGGGAGUCUGGAAGAAGACUCUCCCUUCCUUUCCUUUGCCCAGAUGCUGAGGGUCGGGAAAGCAAAAGCAGACAUGUGGCCCAAAACCGCUCCAAAGAAAGAUGAGAAUAAUAGCUUGGUUCCUCCUGCCCCUGUGGACAGCGAUGGGGAGAGUGAUAACUCUGACCGUGUUCCUGUGCCCAGUUUCCAGAAUUCCUUCAGCCAAGCUAUUGAAGCAGCCUUCAUGAAGUUGGACACACCAGCUACUUCAGACCCCCUCUCUGAAGACAGAGGAGGAAAGAAACGGAAGAAGCAGAAACAGAAGCUCCUAUUCAGCACCUCGGUUGUCCACACCAAGUGACACUACUCACCCAGGCACCUUCUCCAUCUGGUUUCUUUUCUGUGCUUUUGUUUUGCUGCUGUAAUUUUUAAGUAUUUGAGUUUGAACAGAUUGAUUAGCUUGGGGCGGG